AUGCCCGAAUAUACCCACCAUAUCGCCCUCCUAGGCGCAGGCACAAUCGGCCUCUCAAUGCUAGCCCUCCACCUCCGCCGCCCCGACACAAAAGUAACAGUCUUCGACCCACGCCCAGACUACGAAGUCCUCCUGCGCGCCCAGCUCCCCUCAUUUAUAGACUCGACCCUAACAGGAUCACACUCCGAUCCACAGAAUGCAAUCACCGCUCUGAUCGAAUCAUCCCGCCUCUCAUUGGCAGCAUCCAUCCAAGACGCCGUGCAGAGCGCGACUAUCAUCCAAGAACAGACGCCGGAGAAACUCGACUCGAAACAGGCUCUUUGGAAGGAAGUUGUGAGGUUUGCGGAUACGGAGGCUCAUCUUUGGAGUAGCUCUUCUGGGAUUGCGGCUUCCAUGCAGGUUGCUGAGUGUGAGGAGAAUGUCAGGGAGAGGUUGGUUGUUGCGCAUCCGUUUAACCCGCCUCAUUUGAUGCCUCUCGUUGAGAUUGUGCCUGGGUUGCAGACUAGACCUGAGCGAGUGGCCUUCGUGAAGGCUUAUUUCGAGGCUGUGCCUGGUCCUUCGCAUCUUCCUGGUUCGAAGGAUUCUCAGGACCAAGGACAACAUUAUCGGCCUGUUAUACUGCAUAAAGAGGUACCUGGGUUCGUGGGCAAUAGGCUUGCUUUUGCGCUGAUGCGGGAAGCGUGCUAUCUGGUUGGGGAGGGGGUAGUAUCGGCUCGAGAUCUGGAUUCUAUUGUGACUUCUAGUCUGGGACCGAGGUGGGCUGGCAGUGGUGUUUUUGAGAGUUAUCAUGCUGGUGGUGGGGAGGGUGGGAUUGCGGGGUUUUUGGACAAGUUGGCGCCGACCAUGAAGGAUGUUUGGGGAGAUUUGGGGCAGAUUGAUAUUCAGACAGAGGGAGGCGAUGAGAAGUGGAGAGAUGUCGUUGUUCGUGAGACGGAGGAGGCGUAUGGACCUCGUACUUCGGAAGAAACGCGGCAGAGAAAGGAGGUUAUGUUGAGGGGGACUAUUGAGAUGCAGAAGCAGUGCUGGAGCAAGGAGUGA